UGAGUCUUUGCUAGGGACGCUUUGAUUUGAGCGGUGAUGGAGAAUGGCGGUCCUCUCUCCAAGAAGGAGAGAUGGAAGCGGCGCUCUACGGAAUGCCAGCAUUCUAGGGCAAGGCGCUGGAUCGCGAGCUGGCCUCUUCCGGCAUUCCAAGCCCUGCUACAUUUUCUCCUCGGGACCGUCGCCUUCUUCCUCACCUUGGCGGCCAGCGAGAAUGUAGGUUGAGUUGAGGCGCUCACGCUCGAUCUCGCAGGAUUUCGCCGGUGUCUGGCCGAUUUUCGACGCGGCACACUCUUGCGACUUCCGGAAAGUACAGUAAUACGCAUGCUUUCGCUGUGUUUCCGGUUCGUGUUAGAGUCCUCAAAGGGAUGGAAAUUCCUUUCUUUGCAGAUUGUCCAGGGUCUUAUCAACGAGCUAGAGGCUCAAGGGGCUUUACCUCGGAGUAGCUCGCUAGCUACAUGCUGGUCAGAGAUUUGUGGAGCUAUUAUGGCAGCUCUCGGCCCACGCUCUGCGAGAAGUUCAUCGACGGAACUUCCCAGCGGAUGUUGCCGAGAACCCCUUGCCAGCGUCGCUCACGGAAGUCAUCACGCAAAAUUCACAUGCAUCAGCACUCCUUGCCGUGACAAGGUGGAGUGCUGAUUGGUAGAUUUGGUUGAUUUGUUGAUUGUUGGAACUUAAGUGUUUUGGCAGGCACGUAUUGCUCUAGAGCGUAGGCGAGGUAUCUGACUUCUUUUUCUGCCUGCUUUGAAUUCGACUAACUUGUCGAUUACACUGAACGGAGGCUUAUUUACAUCAAGAGCUGGAGAAAAUGCAGGAGCUUUAAAGUUCUAGAGCAUUUGCAAAUCAAAAAUUACUGUCAGCCUCUCGAGCUACAACGCAUUGGGAGUCUCUUCUAAAACAUACUGAGAGGCACGACAAACUAGCAAGCGGCCCUAUAGAAGACUUGAUUGCUCAUCGUGACCACAGAUGGAUCGGCUUUGCGUGUGGCCAUCGACCGAGGGAUGAAUGUCAUACCAAGUUCGUGAGCUCCAAUGACGAGGACUGCAAUCGGCAACUAGAAAAGCAGGAGAGUGGCGACGAAGCCAGAACAGACAGGGCAGUUAAAGGGUCGAGCCCGCUUGAUGUUGCUGAAGUUAUUAGACGGUGGACCCAUGCUUUGCAACGCAUACACAAACAAGCUCAAAAGCUGUCACGAAGGCACUUCCUAAUCUUAUAAAUGCGGUGGAUGCUUGUGAGGGACACACAAGCAUUACGGGCAACGUUAGCGGAGCAAAAACAACACAUCUCAAAUAUGCAGCUAAAGGAAACCACUCCAGGAAUGGAAGCAAACAUUAACAAAGUCCGUCAACAUGUCAAUCACCCUGCGGUUUCUUCUGCCUCUCAAGCUGUUUUCGCUGGGUAUAGCGUGUAUUCUGACUCUGCACUUUCCUCUCAAGACGUGACUUCGGACUGUGUUGCUGAUGAUAGAGGCACUCCUGGACCUCUAGAACUGGCACCUCCAAGCCCGACACUAAAGCUUCCUCAGCUGCCAACACUGUUUUCGCCGUUUUCUCUUUUGCACAAAGGUGGUGACGACGAUGAUUUGGACCUCCGCCCGUCUUCACUGGCUUUCUCUGACCACAAGGACUACGAAGAUGAUUUCAAAGAAUUGUGGCAAGCAGUUCACGAAGCCGCACUCUCAAAGCCUGUUGAGGCCGUGGCUGAGAACACCAGCACCAGUAACACGACCUCAGAGCACUAUUUCACGCCUUUGACUGUACAAAAGGAAAGCGUCAAUCCAACACGGUCCUCUCCACCACUGUGGUUUCCAGGACCAGGACGACGACUUGCUAGCUCCAGCAGCUACAUCAAAAUCGCCAUGAGUUUUGCAGCUGCUCAACACAGUCACCCACGAGACUCCAUCAGGCUCAAAAGGAAUGGUUGUCAGCAAAGCUAGGCCCCUUGCCAGCAGAUCGAUCACGCAAACGUAGUGAUCCAUGGUGGCAGCGAGAGCAUAGUCCCCUCUCAUGGAAACAAAGUACCCGUGACCAUCGUGGAGCAGCCCGGCAGCGCUACACGCAGCAAGAAUGGUGGUGAAGCUGACAACGUCCAGUUCUAGUCCUUGACUCUCAGUCAACUCAAACAGCUCGUGAGCUCGUCGGCCAUGUCCGUUUCGAGCAAAGCCCGCCACCAUGGUCGUGCAGAGCACCAAACUCCGCUCCCAGGCUCGGUACUGCGAGAAGAUCUCCGCCGCGCUCGACACACUGGCCGGGGCUCAAAAAAUCCGGAGACCGAUUGAGAGCUUCCACAAGAUGGUUCUAGAAGGUCGAAGCUCGUCUUCGAUGCCUUGCCGGAGAAGAGCCUCGUGUCGUGGACGUCGAUUGUCCAGCUAUGCCGACCACCAGUGCUCUUCUCGAAGGACUCGCAAGCGUCUUCCAAGCUGUGGCAUUUCCCAUACAUGUUGAUGGCUCAAGUCUGCGUCCGAGCAGAGAUCAAGCGAGAGCUCCAGUUCUUCGUGAAGCAGCCUUCCAUGGCGGGGAUCACCAGUCGAGGAUGGUGAUCCACGUAACUCGGUUUGGAGGCUAGCCUUCCAAGUCCAUCCGCUUGAUCAGGCUCAGAGCUCGAGAGAAGCUCCCGUGGCGAGCGUAGGCCGCGAUCAUCUCGGAGCUCUCCUCCGGCUCGCAGUUCAAACGUCCUGCGACCUCCCCGUUGGAUCCCAGCCCCGCCAGCAUUGAGUUCCAAGAGAUAGUGUUCCACUUGGGCAUUCGAUCAAAGACGCUCUUGGCCUGCUGGAGGUGAUGAAGAUAGCGAGGAUCGCCUUCGCCAGUAUGCUGCUGCUGGAUCGCGUCGUCCACAAGACAGCCCUAGAAACAGCCGAGGCAGACAUUUCUAUUUCCUUUACCUCACACCGCAAACCCUAACUCGCAGAGCUUUGAUAAUAUAAUCCACGGCGACAGCCUCGUUUUGCUUA